AUGAGUCUCGCUGAACGUGCCAUGUCGUUUCACUACCACGACGAGAAGCAUCCUCUUGGCGAAUGGCAUUUCAAUGCACUACCCUCACCACCCACGUCCGAAGAGUAUGAUAGAACGAACAGGAGGAGAUUGGCUGAGUACCCUCCAAGAUGGGAUUCGUUUCGCAAUCGAAUAAUGACCGACGAACAAGCAGCUCAAAAAGUCCGAGACGACGCCGCAGCAGCAGCAGCAAAACAAAGAAGGAAAAAUCGCUGGAACUCAAAAUACUACUCCAAAGAUCUCACACAUGUCUCCGGCCUCGCAGGACCAGUAAUCGAUCUCAUGAAUCCACAACCCACAGAUACAAUUCUUGAUGUCGGUUGCGGAGAUGGUUCUGUCACGAUCGCUCUGGCGAAUAAAGUCCCCAACGGAUUGGUCGUAGGUCUCGACGAUGCCUCAGCAACAAUCGAACAUGCGAACUACAAAUCACCGUACGGGAACUUAACAUUUAUCGAACAUGAUUUAUCGAAAUUGGAGCAAACGCCAGGGUACCUGAUACGAUGGGAGGGAUCGUGGGAUUGGGUAUUCAGUAAAUCGACAUUACAUCGACUACUUCGCAUUCCGGAGAACCGAACGAUUUUGUUUGAGAAUAUAUAUCGACUCUUGAAACCUGGAGGAAAAUUAGUUUUUGAAUGUGGAGCGGCGGGGACGGUUCCGGAGGCGAUUACGGCGUUGACAGCUGCGAUGGCGAUUUAUGGUAUGUCUUCUGAUGAACGACGGGAUGCGAAUCCUUGGUUUUGUCCGAGUGCGGAGUGGAUGCGAGAGGCGUUGGAGGCUGUGGGGUUUGAUGUUUUGGAGUGUAGGACGCAUCAUGAGCCUAGUAAAGUUUCGAGGCAUGAUGGGAGUUUGGAGGGGUGGGUGAGGAAACUUGGGAAGGAGUUUUUGGAUGUUAUUGAGCCGGCGGAAGGGGAGAGGAGGGAUGAGAUUGUGAAGUGGGUGUGUGAUGUUUUGAAUGAUAGUAUUGAGCGGAAAGAAGAUGGGACGAGGUGGUUGAGUUAUGUGAAGUUGAGGGUUGUGGCGAGGAAGAAGAAGACGGAUACGCCGAAUGUUAUUAGGAGGAUGUGUGAAGCCGGUGCUUUGUUGCCGGGACGAAUGAGUAACAGAGGGACCUCGUUUUCGUUCAUCUGA